GAGAGAGAGAGAGAGAGAGAGAGAGAGAGAGACAGAGAGAGAGAGCAAAAGAAAGAGUGGACAGCCACUCUGGUGCACUCUGGUGGUUCCUGCAACAGCGUCAGUGUUGCUUCAUCUCCAACAGUCCAACUGUGGCAUUGUGGCUCAUGCAGGAUUCAGCGAAAAACACUGCAAACUCCUCUAAUCCCAGCAGACGGAUUUAAAUGGACGAGAUUGUGUUUUCUUCUUUUAAAAAACUUUUUACACUAAAUGUUUUCUGGACUCAUGAAAGUGUUGCAACUCCAUGAACCAAUACUGUUGGGACACUUUGGAUACAGCUUUUUUUUUUGGAGAACAUGUUGUUACCUACACAAGAAGAACUUCCACAAGUCUUUGGAAACAUGGAGAGCCACUACUGUCUGUUGAACCCUGCCAAACAGGACUCAUAAUGUGUGAAAUGUAAGCAGUGACCGCCAAGUAAAAAACUAUUUAGUGAGGAAGCUUUUAAUUUUAAGCAUAUUUAUGAUGAUUGCAAGGAAUGCAGAUUCUUCCGUUUUGCUAGCUUUGACCUGAAAAACACCUCAACCUCUUGUGACUGAGUUGAGCUGGUGAAUAAUGGAUGGCUUCCUGAACACUUCAGCAUCCAAUGUGACCAACAGCACAGACUACUCCAGCGAUGCAGCGGGACCCUGGAGCAUUAUCAUACUGGUCAUCAUCAUACUGACCAUAGUGGUGGGAAACCUGCUGGUCAUCAUCGCUAUAGCUCGUACUUCACAGCUACAGACGACAACAAACAUUUUCAUCAUGUCCCUGGGAUGCGCGGACCUCAUCAUGGGGGUCUUCGUGGUGCCUCUGGGGACCACCAUUGUAGUGACGGGUGAAUGGCAACUCAGUAACACGUUCUGUGACUUCUGGACCUCUGUGGAUGUCCUGUGUGUGACAGCGAGUAUAGAGACACUCUGUGUUAUAGCAGUGGAUCGGUAUAUAGCCAUAAUGAGGCCGCUCCGAUACAAGGUUGUACUUAGUAAGUGGCGUGCAAGGGUAAUAGUUUGUUUAGUGUGGGUCGUAUCCUCUCUAAUUUCCUUUGUGCCAAUUAUGAAAGGGCUUUGGCGUGAUGACGAUCCUACAGCGAAGAGUUGCUAUGACUCCCCUGCUUGCUGUGACUUUGUGACCAACAGGGCCUAUGCUACUGUAUCUUCUAUAGUGUCUUUUUACAUUCCACUACUCAUAAUGAUAUUUGUGUAUGCAAAAGUCUUUCUAAUAGCCACACGACAAGUCCAGCUCAUAGAUAAGAAUCGCAUGCGUUUCCAGAGUGACUGUCCAACAGCGCAGAUGCAAGUUGCCCCCCACAUUAACAAUAUCAUGCCAUUGGCGUGCACAGGCUCCAGCACCUACAACAACGCGGUGCGGAGGAAGAGUGCCAAGCGGAGGCCGUCACGGCUAAUGCUUGUCAAAGAGCACAAGGCCCUCAAGACAUUGGGCAUCAUCAUGGGGACCUUCACCGUGUGCUGGCUACCGUUCUUUGUCGCCAACAUCAUCAACGCGUUUUACAGAGGUGUUCCCAACAAGACAAUCUUCCGACUGUUAAACUGGCUGGGUUACAUCAACUCCGGCCUCAAUCCUAUAAUCUACUGCAGGAGUCCUGAGUUUCGUGCAGCCUUCAAGAACCUGCUAGGCUGCCCAUGGAUGUCCACCCUGCAGCUCAAUACUUUCUACAAAGAGCUGCGGACUCGCUGCUCCUGCUUUCUGUGGCAGACUGAGUCAGGCGCAGUCGGCUCUAUCCAGCCUGGCGGCAGUCUGGCCAGUACUCAGGGAAGCAGCAAAAGUGAGGAGGUUUCCCCUGGUCCUCUGGCGUCCAACGGCAGCACACAGUUCAGUGGCUUAUCAGAAGCGGAAUCCCAAUACUUCACAUUGCAGGAAAAGGACGGAUGAACCAUAAAAUGUCAAGCUACUGAAAGAAUGAAAGAAUGCUCCCCAGUCGAUACUGUGAUUCCACCAAAGGCUGAGACCAAACAGCUGUGAGGACAAGCUACAGUACAACCAGACACACCUGAACUGACUGUAGAGAAACAGCCGAUUUGGUCUGGACGGGAACUCUGUGGCUGCUUCUGUAGGCACGAGACGAACUUCUGCAACAUGUCACAGACAUUAGAUGACACCAAAGUGGCAUCUAAAUAUGUUGGCAAAAGACUCUCUCUGUUCCUGAAUAACACAAAACUUACUGCAAGUUUUAAAUGCAUUCCAAUUAACCUUUGCACAUGGUGAAUGUGGCCUGUGGUUUCAAAAAUGACAGCAUAGACUAAUUUUGUACAGUAUAUUAUCUGGUAAGUUAUCUAUUUAUGAGAAACUGCAAAAUAUUAAAGUUGUCUAACUUAAUACAAAAUCAUAAUUCUGGCAAGGCUGUCUUCAGUGUCCAGAUAAAGGGACAGGUCACCCGAAAAAAACAAAAAUACAUAUUUUUCCUCUUACCUAUAGAGCUGUUUAUCGAUUUAGCUUGUUUUGUUGUGAGCUGUGGGUGGGAAGUGGGUGACAGACCGCGGUUUUGUUUUUGGUUUCACAGGAGUCUCACAGCGAAUGAAAGGAUGAGGGCAAGUUUGCAAUGACGUCCUGUAAUUAGCAAGAAAACUUAGACAAAAGUCAGGAGGUGCAGCAAUGACAUCUAUGCUGUUUCUCCACAUGAAACAUGUACAUAAAAAUAACCUGUGAGACAGCAAACCGACUUUGUCGUCUUUGAGCUUUCUUAUCUGACAGAAACUGAAACACUGCACAGGGUGUGACCAGCACCAGCCAGCAAAUUAUGCACAGUUUCACUUAUAGAAAUGUCUGCCUUCUCUUGAAAAUAAAAGAACCAGAAGGCACUCAUGGUACUCAAAGCGCUGAAAAAAAUACUUUUGAAACAGCAAUGUCUCUUUACAGAAAUCAUGACCCGGUUACUCAAGAUAAUCUAUUUUAUCUCUGCUGAACCACAUGGUAGAAGGAGUGUGUACGGAUGUAAACACUGACGGCGCCCUGCUCGACUGAGCUGUUGCUUUAGUAAGUUUAGCUAGCUAGCCUCUUAUGCCUUCUGUGUGUUGAUAUGGAAAGAAAAUAGUUCCCACAUCAAACUGCUCACAACGACAUAUUUGGACUAUCUUGAGUAACCAGAUCAUGAUUUCUGAAAAGAGACUUUUGUGAAAUCUAUGCUCAAAUGUACUUUUGGUGCCAUCUUUGAGCCAUCCAGUUGAGAAGGUCGACAUUUCUACAGCCGAUAGCCUGCAACAUUCUGCAGCUCACACCAAAACAAUCCAGAUGGAUAAGCACACUAAUAAGCACUAACAAGAGGAAAAAUGGGUUUUUGAUUUUGAGGUGAACUGCUCUUUUAAGAAACAUUCAUUUUCAUGGUACAAACUCUUCAGUGUAAUAUCAGCUGCAUUCAAAUGUUUAUUCUGACAUCUGUGCUCAGUCUUCAUCUUUCUGUUGUGAACCUGGACUUUGCAUCCACGCAAUAGUUGUCUUGCUUAAAUCCCGUUUUAUGCCACGGCUGGCUGUUAAAAUCUGAAAAACGGAACAGCUCAAGCAUAAUUCAACAUAGUAGUCAACAGUUAAGUAUCAGUGUAAACCUUGUGCAAGGUACAGUAUUAUAAACUGCAGGUAAUCAUAGCAAAAUACUUUGGUUAUAUGCUAUGUUAUUGGUGGACUCCUGAACCAUUUUCCUUUGAAAUAUGGCCAUUUUAUAAGCUCAAUAACACAAUCUGAAAAGUCCAACUAGCCUAGAGAAAAAUAGUGGACUCGACAGAUGAAAGAUCGCCUCAACUUCAUUGAUUAUUUGUUGAAUCGGGACUCUGUGUUGUACAUUAUCAUGUUGCCUUGAGAAAUAAAAUAUUACAAAACUGUG